AUGGCCGAGAGUCCAGGGCAAUCCAAGUACCGUCAUCCAAACCCCGGGAAACGGCAGAGAAUUAGAUCACCGAGCAGAGACAGAGAAAUCAUCGAUAACGGCGCCAUCUAUACUCAAAGGCUUGAUAAGGGAGCCAUCAGAAUCAUGCAACUCCAUCGCGGCUCUGGAUCUGAUGUAUUCGAGUGCGACUUGAGAAGUAUUCGACUCGCUGCCAAACCUGUGGUGCAAACACCACCCUACGAAGCCUUGUCAUAUGUUUGGGGCUCAAAGCAAGAUCCAAGACACAUUUAUAUCAACGGAAACCGUUUUGCUGUCACACAAAACCUCUUCGAAGCCCUUGCCUAUCUACGGCUCCCUGACUCUGAUAGAACGCUGUGGAUUGAUGCGAUAUGCAUUAAUCAACUCGAUUUCGCCGAAAGAGAAGUCCAGGUUCAGCAGAUGCACCAGGUUUACGGUAACGCUAAGGGAGUAAUCGCCUGGAUAGGAAAGGCAAACGAGGACACACAUGAAAUCUUUGAUUCGAUAGCUUCGAUGGGAGAGGGGGUCCAAAAGCUAUUUCCAGGCCUGGAUUUGGGACCACUAAGUGGUUUGAAUUUAACCCUGGGCCAUGAAGGGAGAACCCAAAGGGAAAAAACAGCAUUAAGCCAGCUGGCUGAACGACCAUAUUGGUUUCGUGCUUGGACUUUUCAGGAAAUGAAGUUCGCCACGUCACUCACUAUCCAGUGUGGUGUGAACAAGAUAGCUUACAGUUCGUUUCACAGCUUGCACAUCAAUAAGCAAGCUACUGCAAGUUUUCGGACACGCAAUGACAACGGGGAAUUAGUUCAACGCCAUAAAAAUAAUCUUGACUCGAAAUUGCCUGACCUGAAAGGCGAUCAAGAUUAUCCCAAUUAUUUCCUGGAAUGCCUGUUGGACCGACAAUGCUCCGAUCGGAGAGACAACAUUUUUGCCUUUUGGAAUCUGUUUCCGCAGGAUUUGCAAAAAAUGAUACCGAUAAACUACGAGUCCCCUACUAAAGACAUACUUCUUCAAAGUGCUCGGGCGAUUGUUGAAUCGACAGGAAGCUUGUACAUUUUCGUUAUCAGAGCCCGCCAGAUCCCGCCAGAGAGUCAUGAAGAAGAAUGGCAAAAGAACAUGCCAUCGUGGUGUCCUUAUUUAGCUGCACAAUACUAUGACUACGGGUUCAAACCGCAUACCAUGUCGAACAUAUUCACUGAAAAGGCAAAGGUGUCAUUUUGUACAGAUACGAAGAUCUGGGUGAAAGGGUUCGUGGUUGGCUACAUUGACCGAAGCCUCUCUCCAGAUAAUGUACCAAGCACCGACUGGACAGAUGAAGAUUACAGUCAGCAGUUUGGAUUUUACACAAAAUGCCUUGAAUUAGGUCUCCUGAGCGCCCCUCCAGAGAAAGGUGAGCAGUCCCUAUGGGCAACUACCCGCACGCUGCUCGGGGACCAGGGCGAAGAUUCAAUCGGCGAUCAAGACUUGAUUAAUUAUGCUUUAGGACGAAUAUCCGACGAACUGGACGAGAAUGAUGCAAAAUCUGCUUUAUAUCAUAUACUGAGAAACACAAGGUCUCGGCAGGUCUGUUCUUUCCAGGUUGGCGCGUCGGUCAUUAGAGCAUUGCGAUCGAGUGGAUUACCGCGGGAAUUCUGGUUGAACCCCAUUGCUGUGGUACCUCGGACAGCUCAGUGGAGAGAUGCUAUCUGUGUUAUAUCUGGCUGCCCCCUACCAGUUGUCCUCCGGAGGUUUGGCGAUACCUAUCGCAUCAUAGGUGAGGCAUUCUUUGAUACUCAGCGUCUAGAGUCUGUCGAUAUCCAUGUAAUGCUCAGGGAUUUUGUAGUUGAGUAG